UUCUGGUAUGACAUGGAGUAUGACCUCAAGUACAGUUACUUUCAGCUGAUGGAUUCCCUCACUAGGGCUGCAGGCCUUGACUGAUGGCCCCUCACAGACACUGCAAAGGACAGGGGGACUGAUGGUGGUAUCUGAUUAGAGGCAGCCUGGAGUUGAGUAUGUCCUGGCUGCUGCCCAGGUUCCUGCCUGUGUUGGAUGUAGGACUAAGUUGGAUAUGUUGGAGGACCAGGAAAUGCCAGGCAAAUCUGGGUGAACAUGCCCAGGAACUUGCCACACAGGUGACAAGGAAGCACGGAUCAGGUACAGCAAUGCCUCUCACAGUGCUAUGACCUUGGGCGAGUCACUGCAUGUUAGCAUCAGUCCCUUGCCUGUAAAGUGGAGAUAAUAAUGGCUCUGGCUCCCAGAGCUGUGGGACUAGACAUGGGCCAACAUAGAAGAAGCGGUCAAUAAAAGGUGACACUGACACACUUGUUCUCAUGUCCCCAUCACAGUUGCCUUCCGUGGCCCGCUGAGGGCUUGAAGGUUGAGGCAGAAGUUUCAAGAUGACCCGAAUUGGGAGGUGCAAGCCAGAUCCACGUCUGGGAUGCUACCCACAGCAGUUGUGUUAUAAGCCUGGGUGGGACACGAUUGGCUCAGGGCCACCAGUGCUCUCUCUAGCUUUGUCCAGACUGUUUGCUUUCCCUUCCCCCAGAUCCAGGGAUGCUGGUGGGUCUGGAGCACGGAAGGUGACCCCUGUUCUAUAAAUAUAAACAGGAAGGGACAGGAACCAUGCUCCUGCUGAGCUGUCCUCUGAGGAAAGAGUUGAUCUCCACACCCUGACUCCUUUGUCACCCUGCUGAAGAGCAGGGAGAGCCCCUACUCCCGCAUGCCAACCCACAGGCCUCAUCCCUGGCCACCCAGCUCCAGGGGUGGAGGCAGCCUAGCCGUGGCUUUGAAGGGCUGUUUUAUGUGAAAGCCACACCCCUACAAAAUUGUGAUGGGGCCUAAGGUACUCUUCUGAGAUUGCCCAGGGCUCCAGUUCAGACUGGGCAUUCCUGUCGGGCUGGCACUGGGAGGGAGGUUGCGAAAGGACCCACCGAUGGCAAGAUCCUCGGCCCCAGUGCUCACUACUAUUUGGGGGGACCACUGUCUGCUGUCCUGUUCAGCCUCCAACAGCAAGAGGAGAGCCCCCUGGUCUAAGUUAGGGCUGGUUGGCUAGCCCAGCUAGUGACAGCUGCAGAGAAUGGACUUCACGGAGCCUGUAGCCAACUCCUGGAGCAAACCUGCCCGGUCUACAUGCAGGCAAAGAUGCCAGAGACUUGCAUGCUCACUGUCCGCGUCCUCCAGGCUAGUGGCCUGCCUUCCAAGGACCUAGUGACAUCCUCUGACUGCUAUGUGACUCUGAACCUGCCCACGGCCUCCAGCGGCACGCUCCAGACACGCACAGUCAAGAACAGCAGAAACCCAGUCUGGAAUCAGAACUUCCGCUUCCGGAUCCAUAGGCAGCUCAAGAAUGUUAUGGAACUGAAAGUCUUUGACCAGGACCUGAUGACCAAAGAUGACCCAGUGUUGUCAGUGCUGUUUGACGUGGGGACUCUGCAAGUUGGGACUCAGCGCCAGAGCUUCUCAUUGAGCGCUCAGGAGGAUGGGCGCUUGGAAGUUGAGUUUCGGCUACAGACUCUGACAGACUGUGAGGAACAGCUUAUCAGCAAUGGUAUCCUGGUGGCCCAGGAGCUCUCCUGCUUGCAUGUUGAACUGAAGAGGACAGGAGACCCAAAGAGGUCAGAGCGCAAAGUUCAACUUGUGGUUGCUGCGGCCUGCGAGGGUCCACAGGAAGCCCCUGUGGGCACCGGGUCUUUCCGCUUCCAUUAUCCGGCCUGCUGGGAGCAAGAGCUCAGUGUUCAUCUGCAGGAUGACCCCCAUGAGCAGCUGAAGGUGCCAUUGCGAACUCUACCCUCUUCGCAGCUGGUGAGACUCGUCUUCCCCACGUCCCAGGAGCCACUGAUGAGGUUGGAACUCAAGAAAGAAGACGGGCCAAAGGAGCUGGCUGUGCGGCUGGGCUGUGGGCCCUGCUCCGAGGAACAGGCCUUCUUAAGCAAGAGGAAGCAGGUGGUGGCCGCCGCCCUGAAAAAGGCCUUACAGCUGGACCAAGACCUGCAGGAGGACGAGAUCCCAGUGAUUGCUGUGAUGGCCACUGGUGGUGGGAUCCGGGCGAUGACUUCGUUAUACGGGCAGCUGGCUGGCCUGAAGGAGCUCGGCCUUCUGGACUGCAUCUCCUAUAUCACUGGGGCUUCAGGGUCCACAUGGGCAUUGGCCAAUCUCUAUGAGGACCCAGAGUGGUCUCAGAAGGACCUAGCAGGGCCCACUGAGAUGCUGAAGACCCAGGUAACAAAGAGCAAACUGGGCGCAUUGGCCCCCAGCCAGCUUUGGCGGUACCGGCAAGAGCUGGCUGAGCGUGCUCGCCUGGGCUACCCGACCUGCUUCACCAACCUGUGGGCCCUUAUUAAUGAGGCCUUGCUGCACGACAAGCCCCAUGAACACAAACUCUCAGAUCAACGAGAGGCCCUGAGUCGAGGCCAGAACCCUCUGCCUAUCUACUGUGCCCUUAACAGCAAGGAGAAGGGCCUGAGCACCUUUGAAUUUGGCGAAUGGUGCGAGUUCUCUCCCUACGAAGUCGGCUUCCCCAAGUACGGAGCCUUCAUCCCCUCUGAGCUCUUUGGUUCUGAGUUUUUCAUGGGGCGACUGGUGAAGCAGCUCCCUGAGUCUCGCAUCUGCUUCCUGGAAGGUAUCUGGAGCAAUCUGUUUGCAGCCAGCCUCCAAGACAGCUUCUACUGGUCCUCUGAACCCAGCCAGUUCUGGGACCGCUGGGCCCAGGAUCAGGCCAAUCUGGACAAAGAGCAGGUCUCCCAUCUGAAGAUAGCAGAACCUCCCACAGCGGCUGGCAAGAUCGCAGAGCUCUUCACUGACCUCCUGACAAAGCGCCCCCUCGCCCAGGCCACCCACAACUUCAUGCGCGGUCUCCAUUUCCACAAGGACUAUUUCCACCACCCUCACUUCUCCACCUGGAAAGCUUCCAAACUGGACAAGUUCCCCAACCAGCUGACACCCGCCGAGCCCCACCUCUGCCUCCUGGAUGUUGGCUAUUUCAUCAACACUAGUUGCCCACCCCUCCUGCAGCCAACACGGGAUGUGGACCUCAUCUUGUCACUGGACUACAACCUCUCCGGAGCCUUUCAGCAGCUGCAGCUUGUGAGCCGGUUCUGCCAGGAGCAGGGCAUCCCUUUCCCAUCCAUCUCGCCCAGCCCUGAGGAGCAGCAGCAGCCUCAGGAGUGCCAUAUGUUCUGUGACCCAGCCCAGCCCGAAGCCCCAGCUGUGUUGCACUUCCCCCUGGUCAAUGACUCCUUCCGGGACCACUCAGCCCCUGGGGUGCCACGGACGUCAGAGGAGAAGACAGCUGGGGAGGUGAAUCUGUCUUCCUCCAACUCCCCAUACGACUACACAAAAGUGACCUACAGCCAGGAAGAUGUGGACAAGCUGUUACGACUGACGCAUUACAACAUCUGCAACAACCAGGAUCGGCUGCGGGAGGCCAUGCACCAGGCCGUGCAGCGGCGGAGAAACCGCAGACAGUUUAGGCGGGAGUGACAGCUGAGGUACCCUGGCUGGACUCCUCCUGGGUCACUCUUGAUCUUCAGCUCCUUCCCCUUCUGCGCUCAGUUCAAGACCAGCAUCACCAUGUACUCCAGAGGCCCUGGGGACUCUGAUGUCCAGGCACAGCUCCACAAAGAUGUGUCUGGGACCUCCAUAGGUGACGCUAACCUGUCAGCAGCCCCGUCACAGAGUCUAGACUGGCAGCUGCAAGCAGAGGUGCUAUGGCUGUCGUUCAUGGAUGGACUUGGGGCUUGUUAGAGAUGGGAGCAGUGUUGGCUGCACCAUGGGACGCUGCAACAUGGAACACUUUACUGUGACAGGGGCUCUUAUAAACGGGAGGCGUUUGUGACGCUGUCCCAAGACCA